AUGACAUCAUUUGGAGCAACAAAAAUUGUUCGUAAUGAAGAUGGACGUAAUUUUGAAUCUACAUUCAAGAUUCAAGGUCAAGUUUACCACCAAAUUGGUUCAUUGCUUCCAAUGCCUGAUGCUGAUCCAAAAUUCUUACAAAUUUAUUUUAUGGGUGAUGAGGAGCAACAAACCCAUAUGCGCUGUGUAUACAAUCAUAUGGAGCAAAUGGAGGAACGAGAAAUUGUGGACAUUUUGGAAACGUUUUUUCUAAACCAUAACCAAUUGUUACGAUUGUUCAAGACUCUUUCUAACAGACUGGAAUACGACAACUACGUCAUUGUUAUUAAAGCAGACAAAGUGCCCCAUGGUGAGCACGCAGGCACAUAUAAUGUUCCAACUCUUAAUGAAGUUGCAGUUGUUAUGGCUGGUGAUCCAUGUGAACGUCGAGAUAUUCGCAUACAACGCAGAGAUAACACGAUGCAAAUAAUUCAAGACAAUCAUCGUUCUUAUGAUGCACUGCAAUAUCCAUUGAUAUUUUGGGAAGGAGAAGAUGGAUAUCAUUUAAAUAUUAAACAACGGAAUCCAACUACAGGUGAAGAACUGAUCAAGAAAGUUAGUGCGAUGAACUUCUACGCAUACCGGUUGAUGAUUCGUGCUAAUGAAGAAAAUCACAUUCUCCGAUGCAGACAGCUAUUUCAUCAGUAUGUAGUCGAUAUGUAUGUUAAAAUCGAAAGUGAGAGGUUACGGUAUAUAAAAUUUAAUCAAGUAAAACUUCGUUCUGAGGAAUACAUUCAUUUACGUGAUGCUGUAAUCGGUAACGUAGAUGCAACGAAUGAUAUAAACAACAUCGGUACCGCAUAUAUUCUUCCAUCAUCAUACAUUGGUAGUCCGCGUCAUAUGCAAGAAUAUAUUCAAGACGCCAUGACUUACGUACGUGCAUACGGCCGACCAGAUCUUUUUAUCACAUUUACGUGUAAUCCAAACUGGGAUGAAAUUAACAUUUUACUGUUGUCAGGUCAAACAACAAUGCAUCGCCAUGAUAUUACUGCACGUGUGUUCAAACAAAAAUUAAAAUCUUUGAUGAAUUUGAUUACACAUCACUCGGUAUUUGGUGAAACACUAUGUUGGCUUUACUCUGUUGAAUGGCAAAAACGAGGUUUACCUCAUGCGCAUAUUUUGAUUUGGUUAGUGGAUAAAGUAUGCCCACAAGAAAUUGACAAAAUUAUUUCAGCGGAGAUUCCGGAUCCGAAUUUUGAUAAAGAAUUAUUUAACAUUGUUACUACUAAUAUGAUCCAUGGUCCAUGUGGUACUCUAAAUAUGGUGUCACCAUGUAUGGAUAAUGGGAAAUGUACAAAACGUUUUCCAAAACCAUGUCAAACUGAUACUAUCACCAAUAUCGACGGUUAUCCAUCUUACCGUCGUAGAGACGUAGACAAUGGUGGUCAAUCAUAUGAAUUACGCCUGUCAAACGGUGUAAGAGUAGAUAUUGAUAAUCGCUGGGUGGUUCCAUAUUCACCAUUGCUGUGCAAAACCUAUAAAGCACACAUAAACGUUGAAUUAUGCAGUUCGGUGAAGUCUAUCAAAUACAUUUGUAAGUACGUUCAUAAGGGCAGUGAUAAAGCUAUAUUUUCUGUUCAAAAUGUAAACGACAAUGAUGAAAUAACACGUUAUCAAUUGGGGAGAUACAUAAGUAGUAAUGAAGCUAUUUGGCGCAUUUUUUCGUUCCCUAUACAUGAAAGGAAUCCUGCUGUUAUACAUUUGGCUGUGCACCUUGAAAAUGGACAGCGUGUUUAUUUUACAGAACAGACUGCAAUACAACAAGCUUUAACAGCUCCAAAAACAACUCUUACUGAAUUUUUCAACCUUUGUAAACGACAAGAUGUUGUUGGUCAAUUCGCAAAGACGUUACUGUAUACUGAUGUUCCUAAAUUUUUUACAUGGAAUAAACAAUCAAAACGUCGGGAACCACGGAAACGAGGCAUUCCAGUCCCAGAGUUCACCAAUAUAUUUAUGACAAAUACUCUAGGCAGAUUAUAUACAGUUCAUCCUAAGCAACGCGAAUGCUUUUUUCUGCGUUUGUUAUUGGUUAAUGUUCCUGGACCAACAUCCUUUCAAUAUUUGCGAAAAGUAAAUGGUAUUUUAUAUGACACUUUCUUUGAUGCAUGUUGUGAGUUAAAUUUAUUGGAGGAUGAUAACCAUUGGGACCUCACACUUGCAGAUGCAGCACUGAGCUCAUCCCCACAGCAAAUUCGUCAAUUAUUUUCAAUAAUAUUGACAACGUGUUUUCCAACUGAAGCAUCUACUCUGUGGAACAAAUAUAAAGACUCAAUGAGUGAAGAUAUUUUGCAUCGUAUUAGAGCUACUAAUCAAAAUCCCAACAUUGAAUUCUCAGAAGAAAUAUAUAACAAGGCAUUAAUAAUGAUUGAAGAUAUUUGUACUCUCAUUUCGAACAUGCCGCUCAUCCAUUUCAACAUGCCAGCACCGAACCGCCCAGCAGCAGAUAUCAUCAACAGCGAUGUUCAAC